AAAGGCGUAUCGUCUUACGAAAUUGAUCCUCAUAAGGAUAGAGGGGAAAUCAAGUAUGCGAAACUCGAAUUUUGGUAUGUAGGUGGCUAUGGCACAUAUGCUGAAGAGGAUUCGACUACAAUAGACUAUGAAGAUAUUGUUAUUGACACAGUUGACUACGAGCAAUCAAGCAACACAGUUAUCAUUAGAUGGAACGCUAGAGGAAUAUGGGCACAAGAAAAGCCAGUAUAUGUUGUGAGGUGA